ACGGAAACAUCUAUUUGUCAUCUUUACUCUGGCCAAAAAGGAUCUCAAGUACUCGUGAUGACUUAUACGGGCUCAAGUAAACAAAAAACAGUUGAAAAACUACACGUCCUCUGUCCCCCCUUGACCUCCACACAGCAAGACGGUUCAAAAUAACGCUUUAUAUAAAACGCAGACAGGGCAGAGGAUCCUCUGGACCUUUACAAUCCGCUCCUGCAAUGUAGAUGCAGAUGACUGAUACUAGACUUGAAGUGAAUCUGGCAUGAAAAGCACCAUUUCGUAUUAUGCUUGAUCCAGUGCGAUUCCACGAUAUCUGACCGGGGGUAAUGGCCAAGUUUUGCUUGAGCCGCAAAUCGACGCUGAAGUAGUACGACGAUACAGCUUUGUGAGCAAAUGACAUAACAAUACAUAUGAUGUAGCUGUGGUAUAUAUAUCUAUAGAAUCCCCCCUUCCCUCCAGUGUUUCCUUUUCGCUAAGAGACGCGACUUAUUUGCUAGUGGCAGUAUAAUAUUAUUACACCACCCAACAAUGUAUCGCCGCAUUCAUGACCACGAAGCCUUCGUCGAUUCGAUGAGCGAAGCGGGUUCAGCCUUAGAACAUAGCGAACGUGGCCUAGACGAUAGCGGUGAUUCUGAUGCCUUCAUUGUCCCUGAUUCUGAUGGGGAUAGUGGAAUCUCGAUUCCGCAAACCCCUCCAGUUCCUCAAUCAACGUUGAGCCAAAGAUACGGACGUAUAACAAGGCGCGGCGAACGCAGGGCACCCCAGAAUGUUGAGGGAGCCAGUUUCGCCAGCUCAAGCGAGUCUCCGACCCCAAACACACGCCAUCGAGACGUCCACAGGAGCUCACGAGGCCAGGUCCACUUUUACUUUCUAAUUAGAAGACUUGAGGACUUAGCAAUGGCAAUAGAGGAUAUGAGAGCUGAUAUGCAAGACAUACAGUACGAAAUCUAUGACAUAGCUGAGGAAAUUGCUUGAGAUGGGGGCAUUAUGUAAAGUUACUCGUAUCAUUAUAGUCUACUUCACUAGACUCGAACGGCUAUAGCUGUAAGAGAAGCUAGUUAAGAGCACCUAUAUAGUACAUCUACACAAUGAAUUAGGAUAUCGCGACGCAAACGCCUUCUUAUUAUAAGCUCUUGACAAGGCCGCUACUCUUUCUACCAUGAAAUGGAUGAAUAAUAGAUUCCCCUCCUGUAUUGUUAGAUUAUCUCUACGUAAUGUCGCAUGAAUCACCCCAUUCGCAUUUGAAAUGAUCAUUAUUUACGGCUGGCUGUCGAC